AUGUCUGAAAUAUCCGAAGAUACAGCUGACUCGGACAGUUCUAAGAAAAAUGUUAGAAAACUUGAAAUUGAGCACGCACAAACAUACAGAGAAUUGGUGAGCACAAUUGAUAACUUAAUACAACAAACAGUGAAAAACAAUGGUUUCAAUGAAAUUGAUAAGGAUGAAAAGUUUAGAGAAACAAUUCAAGAAAACGAGUCUCUUGUUCUAGGUACACUUCAUCAGAAUUUAAUAAAUGGUGUAUCUACUGAUGCAAAUUUCAAUGACAGGAAGAAUUUGGAAAGCAUAGCCAGUUUUUUAAGGCAACUAAUUAGAAUAAGACGUCUGAUAAUUGAGCAAAGACUAGUGACAUCCCCAAUCUUAAAGACUACAUAUACUGAAAGAGAUUUUAGGAAUACCGAUGCUGCUCAUGAUAAUGAUCUUUCAUCGCUCAUAAAAGAAAAUGAUAAGAACAAUAUAGAGGCUGCCAAAUUGAUUCAGCAAAACUUCAAAUUGGAAGAAAAUUUGGGUCAUCUAAGGGAGAUAUCUGCACCAAAAUUGAAACUUCUCAGAGAUAAAGUGGCACGUGAUCGAAAAUUAUCUGAGGUGGUUAACAGCAUGAAAGGGAAAGAAAAAGAUAUGCUAUCCACACGGGAAUAUGAAAAGUUGAAAAAUAAGUACAAAUCCCUGGUGCGUAAGGAUAAAAUACUUUCACAAUUCAAUAUAAAUCUCAUUUCGUCAUUGUCAAAAGCAGAUAUGGUAAAUGAUCAAAGGUUGACGGAUAUGAUCUUAUUUUGUGGUGAUUAUAGUGAUUAUAGUGCUUUGAGUGACGAAGAAAGCAGCUGA